GUGUGUCUCAGGUGCAUUGUGGAGACGAUGAACCUGGAGGAGCGUGUGGCCGUGAUGUCUCGGGUCAUCGAGAUCCUGCAGGUUUUCCAGGAGCUCAACAACUUCAACGGCGUUCUGGAGGUGGUCAGCGCCAUCAACUCUGUCCCCGUGUACCGGCUGGACCACACCUUCGAGGCGAUACCGGAGAGGAAGAAGAAGAUCCUGGAGGAAGCCGUGGAGCUGAGUCAGGACCACUUUAAGAAAUAUUUGGCUAAACUCAAGUCAAUAAACCCGCCCUGUGUGCCUUUCUUUGGUAUAUAUUUAACCAACAUCCUGAAGACGGAGGAGGGGAACCCGGACUUCCUGAAGCGCCACGGCAAAGAGCUGAUCAACUUCAGCAAGAGGAGGAAAGUGGCGGAAAUCACCGGAGAGAUCCAGCAGUACCAGAACCAGCCGUACUGCCUGAAGGUGGAGCACGAGAUCCGGGCCCCCGCUGUGGGUCUCGUGCCCCCCGGUUCGCCAUCAGUACAACCCAGGAGCACGCCCGUGCCGGUCCCACGUUCCGUCUCAGGUACGGCUCAGGAGCGCCCGCUGGCCCCCGUCCGUCCUAAGUACCACCCUCAGGCAGCCCGCCUGCCGGCCCCGGUCCCGUCUCAAGAUCACCUCAGGAGCCGAUCCCUAGAGUCCUCUCGGCCCGAGAAUCCCGCUUUUCGGCGACCCUUGAGCCCUCGGCCCGGUGAGUUCCUACCCGUCCCGGCGCCUUGGGGCCGCCGCGGUUCCGCCUGCCUGGAACCUGCACUUGCGUCCGUAAUCCACCGACUCGGCCGGGCCGUCUCCGUCAGCCGCCUAGGUGUGCCUGUCCGUAACCUCACCGCCUGGGAGCUGCUGCUGUCACACGUCGACCCCGGAGGUUGCCGUGUCCGUGUACUCCCGACCGUCCUCGCGCGGACGUCUCCUCGUCAGCCACCCUAG